ACAGUUAUUUCUCUAUGUCCUGUCUGACAGAGAGGCCCGUAUGAGACACACUAAGUGUGCGCAUAUUGGUUGAUUUUUUCUGAUCUUCUCCCCUCAGUAUGCUGGGGCUGCUGCUAAUUGCCUGUGUGCUGCUGCAUGCUGCAAAAUCCAGACAGCCAGAUGAACCAGGACGGCGUGUAGCACAGUCAGUAAGGAACUGGGCUAAUAUCCGAAAGGUCGUAGUUUCAAUUCCCGGAAUGUAUCUUGUGACAGUGACCUCCCAAACAACAGGGGGGAGCACAGAGACAAUCUGUGCCCACAUUGUCCUCCGGAAGGGACCACUCUCUUUUAUGCUUACCCUGGAAAUAGGUGCCAGUAGCACCACUCUCUUGGAGGAAUUAGUCACGGCAGAGUUCCAUCGCUGUGUGAAGUUCCAGGUUCCUCCUGUUAACACUGAAACCGUGGCAACCAUUCAAGCCUCUAUCAAGGGGGAAGAAACAUCUCUGUGCAAAAAGACCAAAAUCCUGAUCAAACCAAGCUCCUCCCUCACCAUCAUACAGACAGACAAGCCCAUCUACAAACCAGGGCAAACCGUCAAGUUCCGUAUUGUCUCUCUGGAUUCCAGCUUCUUGCUUCAUGAGGAAAUGUACCAGACUGUUGAGUUGCAGGACCCUAAUUCAAAUCGCAUUGCCCAGUGGUUGAACCAGUCAAUCACCACUGGAAUUCUGGACCUGUCCCACCCCACAACACUUGAGGCCAAGCAAGGCAUCUACACCAUCUCAGCCUGGACAAAGAGGGGCAUUAAGACCACCCAGACAUUUGAAAUCAUUGAAUAUGUUCUGCCAAAGUUUGAGGUUACAGUCCACCUCCCUCUUGUCAUAUUUGACAGAAAAACACCAGUAAAUAUUUGUGGGAAGUACACCUAUGGGAAGCCUGUCCUGGGUUCAGUGAAGGCAAAGGUGUGCCGCAAGAUUCUGACUCGCUGGUCGCAUUAUGACCGUGCUGUUUGCAUGGAAUACACUAUGAGGACUGACAAGACUGGAUGUGCAACAAACAUCAUCAAUGCAACAAGCAUUUUAUCUGCCGAUAGAAUUUAUCAAAGCCUUACUGUGGAGUGUGAAAUGGAGGAAGAUGGAACAGGUGUUGUUUUGAAAGGCUCUGGCAGUACAAAGUUCAUCCCAGAUGAAAUUGAAAUAGAUUUUCAAGACACUCCUUCAACUUUCAAGCCUGGAAUAAACUAUGACGGAAAGAUCAUUGUGAAAGGUGCCCCCUCCUCUAUUGCCAACAAGACCAUCCUCCUCCAUGGACCCGGGGCUGCUAAUUGGACAUUGACUUCUGACGAUGAGGGUGUGGCCCACUUUUCACUAGAUACCAGCUCUUGGUUGGAUACAAGUGUCCGCCUACAUGCCCAUUGUAAAGAGGGUGGACGCAGUAUGUGCUCUGCAAGCCAUUUUGUCUUUUUAUUUUUUUCAAAAAGCAUGAGCUUUCUGAGCAUCCAGCAUGCAAAAGAACCGCUUCCUUGUGAUCAGGACGGCCAGGUCCUGGCACGCUACAUCAUCCGAGGGGAGGAGCUUAAGGAGAAGAAGAAUCUAGACUUUUUCUACUUGGUGUUGUCCAAAGGGAGCAUUGUGCAGCACGGGCAUUCAAAAGUGACGCUGAAUGCAGAAGAAGUUAAGAGAGGGGAGUUGUCUUUCUCCCUGCAGCAGACUGAAGAUCUGGCCCCUUAUGCCCAGGUGGUGGUGUACACAGUGCUGCCUAAUGGAGAGGUUGUGGCUGACAAUUUCAACUUUCCCAUCCAGUUGUGCUUCAAGAACAAGGUGUCCCUCCAGUUCUCCUCCUCCCAGGAGCUCCCUGGGGAAAAGGCGUUCCUGCAGGUACAGGCCAAGCCAGGGUCACUGUGCUCCCUGAGGGCCAUCGACCAGAGCGUCCUCCUGAUGAGACCAGACAAGGAGCUGAGUGCACAGAAGGUCUAUGAGAAGUUGCCUGUCCAAAAGUUGUUUGAAUAUCAACAUAUUAUCCAGGACAGUGAUCCCGCUCCAUGCCUUCCCCCUCGCCCAUCAGAAGCAGUUUGGUACCGUCUACUCCCAAAUCCAUUUUAUGCUCAGGGCCAAUAUGAUGAGGUCUACGACAUCUUUAGGGAAGUUGGUGUUAAGGCCCUGACAAACUCUGUUCCAUGCUUUCCCAUGGGGGAUGGCCGUUGGAAAAUAAUUGGUAUGCCAGGUAUAGGUCUGGUGACCUUUCCCUUGCUUUUUCUGCUGAAGUACUGUACAACUGUAGUGACAGUUCCAGCUGUGGGCAAUACAACACCAGAGACCAUUCGCACGUUCUUCCCCGAGACCUGGAUCUGGGAGCUGGUACCGGUGGGAGAUUCAGGCAGAGUAACAGUGGAGCAGACCGUCCCAGACACUAUUACCAAAUGGGGAGCAAGCGGGUUCUGCACCUCUCCAGCAGGAUUCGGCCUGGCCACCAGCACAAGCCUCACGGCCUUCCAGCCCUUCUUUGUGAGCCUGACACUACCGUACUCCGUCAUCCGUGAAGAGGUGUUCCCACUGAAGGCCACGGUCUUCAACUACCUCUCCAAGUGCAUCAUGGUGCAUGUCAGCCUGAGAGAGUCGGCACAGUUCACAGGCCAGCCGUGCGACGGCUGCCAGUACAGGCGAUGUCUCUGUGGCGAGGAGAGUGAGACCUUCACCUGGGUCGUCACGGCAACCACUUUGGGUCGAGUGAACAUUACAGUGAGUGCAGAAGCCCUGAGCACUGAGGAGCUGUGUGGCAAUGAGGUGGUCACCGUGCCUGAGAGGGGACAAAUCGACACCGUUGUCCGUACACUGCUUGUGGAGCCUGAGGGCACAGAACAGACCAUCAGUCACAACGCACUGCUGUGUCCUCAAGACGGACCUGUGGAGAAGGCCGUUUCCCUGGAGCUGCCAGAGGUUUUUGUGGAUGGUUCUGCCAAGGCUUCUGUCUCAGUCCUGGGUGACUUGAUGGGGCGUGCCUUAGAGAAUCUGGACAGACUGCUGGCUAUGCCAUUUGGCUGUGGAGAGCAGAACAUGGUGCUUUUUGCCCCCAACAUCUAUAUCCUCAGGUACCUGGAGAUCACAGAGCAGCUGACACCAGAGAUCAAGAGCAAAGCCAUUACCUUCCUGGAGAGUGGAUAUCAGCGAGAGCUGAACUACAAGCACAAUGACGGCUCCUAUAGCGCCUUUGGACAGAGGGACUCUUCAGGGAACACCUGGCUCACUGCUUUUGUGAUGAAGUCUUUUGGAGGUGCAACUCGAUACAUCUUUAUUGACCCAAAAUACAUCACCAGUGCCAAAGUAUGGCUCAACCAUCAGCAACAAGAAGAUGGCUGCAUAAAGUCUGUGGGGAAACUUUUUGACAAUGGAAUGAAGGGUGGAGUCAGUGAUGAGGUGAUGUUGACAGCCUAUGUUACAGCUGCUCUCCUUGAGCUGGGCACUAACAGCACUGAUCCCAUGGUGAACAGGAGUCUGGCAUGUCUGAGACAGGCCUCAGAUCAGAUCAGCAGCACCUACGCCACUGCCCUGCUCUCCUACACCUUCACCCUGGCUGGAGACAGUGUUAUGAGGGCUCGUCUCAUUGACCGUCUGGACAAAGUGGCCAUAAUCACAGAACAAGGCCGUCACUGGGAGAAAGCUGGGGCUUCUGGAAAAGACUCUCUAGCAGUGGAGAUGACCUCCUACAUGCUCCUAGCCCUCCUCUCUGGGCCUCCCCUUUCUGACUUUGACUUGGGCUACGCCACCUCCAUUGUUCACUGGCUGACACACCAGCAGAACCCCCACGGCGGGUUCUCCUCCACACAGGACACAGUGGUGGCUCUGCAGGCUCUGACGCUGUACGCUACUGCCACCUUCAGUAAGGGAGGUGCCAGCACAGUGACGGUGACCUCUACUGGUGGAUAUAAAAGUCAGUUCCAUGUGGAUGAGCACAACAGACUGCUGUACCAGGAGGAGCAGCUGCAGGAGGUGCCUGGAGUCUACAACAUUAAGGCCAACGGCGAGACUUGUGCAUUUGUGCAGAUUACUCUGCAGUACAACAUCCCCCCUCCCCCAGACUUCUCCUCUUUCACCAUCAGUGCCAAUGCGACAGGGGUCUGCAGCAGUGCAAACAAGACAUCCCUGACAGUUUUUGUGCAUGUUAGGUACAAUGGUGGGCGAGAGGAAACCAACAUGGUGAUCAUCAGUAUCCGUCUCCUGUCAGGAUUCCUCCUGGAUAAAAGCUCACUCAUACAGCUGAAAGCUGAUCCCAGUGUGAAGCGUGUUGAAAAGGAAGAAGGUCAUGUGAUCAUCUAUCUGGAUGAGCUGAAGAAAAUGGCGCCCAUGUCAUACUUUCUGGUCAUUGUGGAGGACAUACCAGUGAGGAACCUGAAGCCUGCAGUGGUCAAGGUUUAUGACUACUAUGAUAAAAGUGAUGAAGCGGUGAGUGAGUACAGCUCCCCCUGUGCACAGAGUGAUGACUUAAACCAGCUGUGAAAGGUGGAGAUUGGACCAGCCACAUCACUCACAUUACGCAUCUCUUCAAAUUCCUCUUAUAUUUAAUUCUCAUCAUUUUAAUUAAGUGGUAAUGGAAUAUUACAUUUAGAAUGAACCUUUGAGGAAAUCAUCUGUUGUGUCAACAACUCAUCACAAUUUGCUUGGCUUCCAAACAUUUGGGACAUUAUCCAUUAAUAAAAUAGAAAUGACAUUUUAA